UUCAUAUAGAGACAACUUCGCGUGCUUCCGUCGCAACUUUGCUCAGAAGAUUGAUGUACGUUUUAAAAGUAAAGAGUUAUUAUUGAAGAUCAUAUCGUGAGAAGUGAAAGAAAAAUGCAAAUAUCUGUUUCAUAUGUUCACAAAUAAACAUAUGAAGAUGAUAAUUUUCUAAAAAGUGAAGCGUGAUAGCAUAUUAAGUGUACUUUGUGGCUCAAUAUGAUUGAUGUGAGCGUGUAUGGAAGCCAUGCAAUGCACGCAAGUGGUUUUCAGGGCAGCGAUCUAGGAUCAGAUGGAUAUCCUUAUUUACCGUCGAAUAAUCACCAUCACCAUUACUAUCACCAGCGACAGACAACAUCAAGUGUUAACUGCAGUAAUCCACCAGAAGCAACACCUUUCACUUCUCAAUCGGUUAAUAAUUCAAAUAGUGCAGUAAUCAAUUGUUCAACAAACUCAGUUCCACAGCAAUAUUCACAUUCGCAUCUAUAUAGUCCGUCGGCUAUAGAAUAUGGAAUUACAACUUCGAACUCUCCAUCCGAUCUUUACUUUGAUAGUGAUGCCCAAAACAUGAUUUAUAAUAAUAGCCAGGUCACAACUGGACCGUUCCCUCAGACAAGAAUUAUAAGUGCUGAUAAUGGUAUGAGCUAUACCAAUUUGGAUUAUAUGUAUAGUCAACAAGACUGUGGAGAAAACUUGGCGGUUCAGGAAAACAAGUUGCAUCUACACCGAUAUGGUUCAUUCAGUGGUAUGUCAGCAUUAAGUGAAAAUUCUAGUGAUCACCAAUUGCACCAUCCAAUACCAAAUGCUUCCUGGACACACAAUUUGUAUUCUGAAAAUAGUAUACAGCAUUCGCAACAAAACUGUCCUUCAGGAUAUCCCACUAGUGCAAGUCUUGAUUCACAAGGUCUGGAAAUAGAGGCUAAAAUUAGCACCGUCGGUAACAGUAGUGUAACAGCGCACUCAGGCGAAAAUAGUCAUGCAAUACUGUCUACAAGGCAUGAUUCGCUUCAACAGCAAGCUCAACAAAAUGCACCAACUUACAAAUGGAUGCAAGUCAAAAGAAAUGUGCCAAAACCCCAAAUUCAAAAAGCAACGCAACAAAUUGUUUCUGAAUACCAUAUAAGCCAUCAUGUAAUUGAUCCUCUGAGAGGAUUAGCGGAACAAAGCUUAGCAACACCUGUGGGCCCACACCAACCAUCCUUCCUAAUAAGUGGCACCAGUACGGGACGCACAAAUUUCACCAAUAAACAGCUAACAGAACUGGAGAAGGAAUUCCAUUUCAACAAAUACUUAACUAGAGCUAGGAGAAUUGAAAUCGCUAAUUCAUUACACCUUAACGAAACACAGGUAAAAAUAUGGUUUCAAAAUCGACGAAUGAAGCAGAAAAAAAGAAUUAAAGAAGGAUUAGUGCCUCAUGAGACUCAAUGUUCCUCUCCGAAACACGUUACAAGUGCUUCGAUGGAUGGAAACAGUAUGAAAUCUACCGGUGAUAGCAAUGACAACAGUCGGGAAUCGUCAACUCUUUAGCUCAAUCCACAUUGAAAGGUUUUGAGGUGAAGGAAUGCAAGUUUCUAAAAUCGAAUUGCAAGAAAACAGGCUUGAAUGUAAGACAUUUUUCAUUUAAAAGUAAUUGUAAGAAAAGUUAGGACAAUAUUUGUUUUGUUUAUUUUUUUUCCUUGUUCAAUCGACAAACAGAAUAACUAAUAUAGCAGGCAAAAGUUAGAUUUAUUUGA